AUUAUUAGCGUGAUAUUUAUGGGGAAAGAGGAUAUUUUAGAGUGGAAUUCCAAUCAUUCAUAGCGAUGGCUCUCUGCAACUUCUUCUUUGCUCCCUCUCUUCUGCAUCGUCCCUCACAUCUUCCUCGUCAAUUUUUGUGUGCCAAAGCUUCCUUAAGCUCUUCCUCCCACGAAUCUAAAGCACAGCAGAGUGUUUCUUCUGGAACUUCCGCCGCCACCGCUCCUUCUUCCUCCACUUCUUUCGUCGAGUCUAGGCCCCCUGACCCCGCCUUCAACUACACCCUCGCCAACCCCAACGGCAGCCCCCUCGUUAGGUUCGUUCGAGCCACCGAGUCUUCCAUUGAAAGGGUAAUUUUCGACUUCCGUUUCUUGGCGUUAUUUGCUGUUGCAGGGUCAUUGGCAGGGUCACUCUUGUGUUUUCUAAAUGGUUGUAUUUACAUUAUUGAUGCAUACAAAGUCUAUUGGACAAGCUGUGUUAAAGGAGUUCACAGUGGACAGAUGGUUCUGCGGUUGGUUGAAGCAAUUGAUGUUUAUCUUGCUGGUACAGUUAUGUUGAUUUUUGGUAUGGGCUUAUACGGAUUGUUCAUAAGCAAUAUUCCUCCUGAUGUUCCACCUACUGUAGACCGUGCCCUUACAGGGUCCUCUUUGUUUGGAAUGUUUGCUAUGAAGGAGAGGCCUAAGUGGAUGAAAAUAUGCUCACUUGAUGAAUUGAAAACAAAGGUGGGACAUGUUAUUGUCAUGAUUCUUCUGGUAAAGAUGUUUGAGAGGAGCAAAAUGGUUACCAUUGCAACUGGAUUGGAUUUACUAAGUUAUUCAGUUUGUAUUUUCUUAUCGUCUGCAUCUUUGUAUAUCCUCCAUAACCUACAUAAGUCAGACUAGAAUGUAAUUGAUAGUGUAAUAUUAUAAAUUCGUGAUCCAAAUCAUUGAAAAUUGAAACAUGAAACCAUACUUGAGUUUGAUUACU